ACGCACCAAGAGUGUAAAAUAUUGCGGCAACUGUAACAACAGACAACUUCUUCUGUAACAAAAACGCAAACACCGAAAAACACACAAAGUCCGAAGCCCUGGAAUCUGCAAUUAGGGUUUCAAUGAUCGUCAACUCCAGCUCCAAAUCAAUCAACGAGACGGUGAACGGGUCCCACACCUUCACCAUCCGCGGUUACUCCCUCGCCAAGGGCAUCUCCCCCGGUAAAUACCUCUCCUCCGACACGUUCACCGUCGGCGGCUACGACUGGGCCGUCUACUUUUACCCCGACGGUAAAAACCUCGAGGACAAUUCCGCUUAUGUCUCCGUCUUUAUCGCGCUCGCCAGUGAGGGCACUGAUGUUAGGGCUUUGUUUGAGCUCACUUUGCUGGAUCAGAGUGGGAAAGAGAAGCACAAGGUGCAUAGUCACUUCGAUCGGGCUCUCGAGAGUGGCCCGUAUACUCUCAAGUACAAAGGGAGCAUGUGGGGUUACAAACGCUUUUACAAGAGAACUGCUCUAGAAAGUUCUGAUUACCUGAAGGACGACUGUCUUUCCAUGCAUUGCACUGUAGGUGUUGUCAGGAACCGCAUAGAGGGACCUAGACAGUAUAGCAUCCCUAUACCACCAUCAGACAUGGGCCAGAGUCUCAAGCAUUUAGUGGAUUCAGAACUUGGUUCUGACAUACUUUUUAGGGUUGGUGACGAGACAUUUAAAGCUCAUAAGUUGAUACUUGCUGCUCGCUCACCUGUAUUCAGAGCCCAAUUUUUUGGACUUGUUGGCAAUACAAAAAUGGAUGAAGUAACAUUGGAAGAUAUUGAUCCAUCUAUAUUCAAGGCUAUGCUCUUGUUCCUAUACUCAGACGAGCUUCCUGAUAUACAAGAAUUUAGUGACUCAACAGUCGAUUCAGCGUCUACUGUCACACUACAGAAUUUGUUGGCUGCUGCAGAUCGCUUUGGUCUAGACAGGCUAAAACAAUUAUGUGAAUCAAAAUUGUGUGAAGAAAUUUCUGUUGAUACAGUGGCAACAACUUUGUCCCUAGCGGAUCAGCAUAGGUGUUCACAGCUAAAGGAAGUAUGUUUAAAGUUUGCUUCUGCAAACUUGGGAGUGUUUAUGCAGUCAGAGGGGUUCAAGUACUUGGAAGAAAACUGUCAGUCUUUAGUGGCUGAGCUGCUGGAAACAAUCGCUUCAGUGGAUGAGAAACCAGGCUCCACUUUGAGUAGGAAGAGAAGUAGCAGCAGCAUUAUUGGGAUAGAUCUAAUGGCAGAAUGGGAUGCAGCAGCUGCAGAAUCUGUAAACCCUGUUGUGAGGCGUGUGCGGAGGCGUCAGUAGAAGUGGUGGUGAUUCUUCCAACUGCACCAGAACUCACAGGGGCAUCGUUCUAACCACCUAGUAGUUCAGUAUAGUUUGUUAAUAGCAUAGUUUUCUGUAUGUUAGUUUGCUUGAUAUGCAUAGUUAUGCAUGUUUCAUACAGUUUUAAAGUCUUUCGUGAAGAUCAGAAUUGGUGUUUGCAAUUUCACAUAUCCUUAGUUUUGCAAUGGGGAUCUUCAUCUCUUUUGCAACUUGAUGUGGUUGAGGCAUCAAAUCAUAUAACCUGAUGCUUUGAAAUCAAUGCACAUAUACUCAGUCACAGUAUGUGGAUUACAAGAGGCA